UUCACUUGCUUCCCUCACACAAGCUCAGCAGCGAUGUCCUGGCAGGAAUACAUCGAUGGCAACCUAAUACCUAGUGGCAGUGUCAUGCGCGCAGCGAUUAUUGGAAUUCAGGGCGGGGUGUGGGCAAACAGCCCAGACUACACCAUUUCGUCAGUCGACCAGAACACCAUAGUGCGAGCGUUCGAGCGGCCCGGAACGAUCCCAGCCAUGUCGUUUGGAGGGAAUAAAUACCGACUCAUCGUCCAGGACGCGACAGAGAUGAUUGGGAGGCGCGAGACGGAUCCGACGAGCGGGUGUUUCAUGUAUCGCACCAAGCAGACGGUGCUCGUCACAGAGUACGAUUCCCCGGUCAUGAUUCAUGACACGCAAAAAGUGGUCACGCGGCUUGGCGAGUAUUUAGUCUCGGCGGGCUAUUAG